CCCCCAAGAUCUCCGUGCCCCCUCUAACCAGGGAGCUGCCAGCCAGGGGUCAGGGGUCUGUGGGAGAUGAGGGCUGGCACCUCCCACCCUCCAGCAGGAACCAUCAGGACAUGAGGGUCACAGGCCUCCCUUUCCUUCCUGUUCCUAUCUGCCCUGAAUGCCCCCACCCGGGCCGUGCCAGCCCCCAGGCCCCGACUCUCUCAAGGAUCCAAUCUGGAAAGAUGCAGGCGGGUGGUACCUGCCACACAGAGCGGAGGCCGGGUGUGUGGGGGCCGUUCUUCUGGGGAGGGGCCACAGCCUUCAUCAGUGUGGCCGCAGCAUGACAGCGUCUGCUCGGAAACCCUCUGGCCCAGCGUCUCGGAGCCUCCGCUGGGCUCACACUCGGGUCAGGCGGGGCCAGGAGAUGCUGCAGCGUGGCCGCUGCAGGCCUUGGGCUUGGGUGGGUGGCAGGCCCCUUCUGGCUGGCCCUCUGCCCUCCCUCCCUGUCUCUGGCUCUGCCCAGCCCCUGCCAAUCUGUGAACCUCCCAGGAGCCUCUGCAGCCCCUGAGUCCCCUGGGAGGCCCUGGGAGGAGCAGUAAGGAAGCCCGGAAGCCCUUCCGAGGGAGACCUCUCCAGACGCCCCCAGGAAGAGAUCCCCGCAAACCCAGGUGCAGGAGCCCCUCAUGGAGCCCCCCAGCACGCAGCCCCAGCAAGAAGUCCCCGGGGCAGAGGACUCCGGCCUGCAGACGGGGGCCGGCACGCACAUUCUCUACGUGGGCCACCUGAACCCCCAGUUCUCAGUGCCUGUGCUCACCUGCCUGCUGCGAGACGCCCUGGAGCGGCUGGAGCUGCCGGUGGCGCGGGAGCACAUCGAGGUGGUGAGGCGGCCGCGGAAGGCCUACGCGCUGGUGCACGUGAGCGCCCACAGGGACAGCCUGGCCACCCUGCCCUGGCGCCUGCAGACGGCCGUGGAGGAGCACCAGAUCCUCAAGGAGCUGGCGGCCCGCGGGAAGGAGCUGGUGCUGGGCGACGGCCGGGGGCCCCCAAGGGGAAGAGAGGAGGACGACAGCGGCCUGAGCCCCAGCCUCAGCCCUGCCAACAGCCCCCCAGCACAGGCCCUUCUGAGGUCCCAGGACCAGCCCAGAGGCGCAUGCUCUGACAGCGCCAUCGCGCACCAGGAGAUCCUGGGCCAGGAGCGCCUCUUCCAGGGCGCCUUCCUGGGCUGCGAGACGCGCAGCGUGGAGUUCAAGCGAGGCGGCGGCGAGUACCUGAGCCUGGCCUUCAAGCACCACCUGCGGCGCUACGUGUGCGCCUUCCUCAACAGCGAGGGCGGCAGCCUGUUUGUGGGCGUCGAUGACAGCGGCCUGGUGCGGGGCGUCCCCUGCAGCCACCGCGACGAGGACCGCGUACGCCUGCUGGUGGACUCCAUCCUGCAGGGUUUCCAGCCCCAGGUCUUCCCCGACGCCUACACGCUCUCCUUCAUCCCGGUGGUCAGCACCGCGGCCUCCAGCACCCCCCUCAAGGUGAUCCGCCUGAGCGUGCGCGCCCCCAGGGCGCAGACUGAGCCGCAGCUCUACGAGACGGACCAGGGGGAGGUGUUCCUGCGGCGGGACGGGAGCAUCCAAGGCCCGCUGUCCGUCCGCGCCAUCCAGGAGUGGUGCAAGCAGAAGUGGGCGGCUGAGCUGAGCACGCUGCAGGAGCGGGUGAAGGUGCUGACGGCCGAGAAGGAGCAGCUCCGGCAGCAGCUGGAGCAGCAAGGACCCGUCUCCAGCACCUGCUGCGUCCUGUGAGGGCCCCGGGCGGCCGGCACUACGUGGCAGGUGCAGAGUUUUCUAUCGGAGUCGCAGUCCUUCGCUUAAGACCCGUCCGGGCUGUCCAGAGGUGGAUGGGAGCGUGGCCACCCUUGGCCCUUCAACAACCACACAUACACGAACUCCGAUCCCGAGCAGGCCCCCAUCUGUGUAUCUGCGAGGCCGCUCUCAGCCCGAUCCCCAAGGAACCUUACUGCCAGAAAGAACUGGUAAAAACUUGGCCAGAGCGAUUGGAGGGCUGAGCUGUAAGGGACUGUCCUACUUCUUCAGAAGCUCCCUUGGCCCAGCCCGGGGUCUGUCACUCCAGCCACAAGACCAGACCCGAAAGGAAUGUGUCCUAUGGGGCAAGCCUUCUGCAGAUGGCCAGGCACGCUCAAUAACGGUGGCUGUGGGGCGAACAGGCCACCCUGCAGCCACCAUCCCGCGCUUGCUGGAACUUGUGGUUGUCAAAGCUCUUUAAUAAAUGCGCCUGGGGCAAGAGUG